AUGGGCGGAGGAAGCAGCCGCAGCAGUUUUAAUUCUAUGCCACAUGAUGUCAUCCUCCACAUACUCUCUCUGACUUCGCUUCCAUUACAUAGUUUACUCAGAUUAAGGUUUUUGUGCAAGUCCUUGUAUGUGGCAGUCACUGAAUUAGCGGAGGCAGACUUGAAGCGCUCAAGGGAAAACUCGCUUGGGAUCACUUGCUCUCGCAGUCUUGGUAGCGUUCACAUAUAUUCCUUACAAGAAGGAGGUGGUUUUAAGACUUUGAUGGGGCCUAUAUACGUAGGUACCAACACCAUCGAGUUGUUACCACCCAUAAAUGGUUUGAUCUGUUUCACUGAUCUUGUGGAUUUUCAUGUAUGUAAUCCUAUCACGGGAGAGUUUGUUACUCUCCCACGCUGUCUCCAAUGUGCACAAAGAUUCAUUACUGGAACUGGGUUUGGAUAUGGUCCUCAAACAAAGCAAUAUAAAGUGAUUAAAUCCUUCGAAGAGUUUCCCAUGAGGAUUUUAGUUUCUAAAUUCAAAGCUGCAAUAAAAACUGUCGGCUCUUCUGAUCCAUGGAGUAUUGUUGAUUGCCCCAUGCCCAUACCUUCUCGGGGAACAAUCUAUAUGGAUGGCACUAUAUACUGGUUGAAUGUGUCGAACACAUUUAUCAUCAAUAUUACAGCGUUUGAUAUUGACAGUGAAACAUUCCGAAGAAUCAAUCCACCACCUCCAGAUCUUUAUAAAUUCGAUGAUUCGAAGCGUUUGGGAGGAUAUGAUUCGAUGCAUUUGGGAGAAUAUGAAGGGAGGUUGUGUUUGGUUGACUACAGCCUCACUAUGAGUACUUUUUAUUUAAAGAUAUAUAUCAUGCUGCGGGAACAUCAAUGGGUAUUUGGAUAUAAUGUCCUUUUGAAGGAUUUGCAACCAUACUAUGCUGUAGACCCAUGUUGUAUCAAUUUCUCAUGCUUCAACAAAGGGAAAUUAGUACUACUUCUAAUUGGAGAACCAAAAAGGGUUCUUUUUUAUAACAUCAAGAGCAGAGAUUUUGAAGCAUUAGAAGUUGGUGAUCAAGGUCUAAACACCACAGAUUUUAAGGUGGGUGACGAGGCUUCAAUUGAGUUGAAGGAAGAAAUGGUGCUGGCAUAUGUCAUGGAAAUUUGA